UUCAACUUUGCUGGACCAACAAACGAACGGAAACUGAGUGUAUGUGUCAAGAAAAAAAGUCAUUAAUUGCAAUUUUAUAUGCUCCAUUACUAUAACAAGUCACUUGUAAUGGAUUAAACCAUCCAAAGGAUUAAUAAAAAGAAAAUACUACCAAUUUGUUGGUAGACACAUAUUUUUUUGUUUUUAUUAGUAAUAAAUUCAUUUAAAAUCGAUUGAUUGUUUAUUUAGUUUGUUGGUAAAGAAAACGGUUAAUCAAAAGAAUCAUGCUGUAUCGGUAUUUCGAGCAAGAAUUCUGUAUAGGAAUUCAUGUGUGUCUGUGCGUAUUUUCGUAAAGGAAAUGUGAGUGAGUGGCUUUUGUGUGACACCACCCCAAAGGAAAAACCAGAUACAAACAAAAUUGAUUUCAAUUAUGAGACAAACGAGAAUUUAAACAAAUUAGUACUAUACAAAGAAAACAAAUUAUUUUUUAAAUAAUAAAGCAAAUAAUGAAAUAAAAAAAUGCUGCAAACUAAUUUUAAAUAAAUAAUUAAAAAGAAAGAAAAUUUGUCUGUUCAAAUCUUUUACAAAUAAUUAAGAAUAUUUUACGCUUUAAAGCUCUGCCUCAAAUCACAGAGUGUUAAAAAAACAAAAGAAAAAAAGGACUUUUCUUUUCGUUCGUGGCAUGAAUAGACAAAAAUGUUGUGAGUUUGUGUAAAUUUUUUACUUGUAAAAGUCAAUAGAAUGUUAUAUGCUUGUAAGUGUAAGUGAGAAUUUUAACAGAGAGAACAGGAAAAAAAAUAUAUAUUUUAACAAAAACAACAACAGCAUCACCAUAAAUCAACAACAUAAGUAAAAGAAGAGGCUAAAUAAGCAAAAGAAUAAAAUAAAAAUAACAACAUUUAAAUAAAUUAUAACACAAAAACAAAUUGUAGAGAGAAAUAAAACAACAAAAGUUAAUUAUGUAUUUUUUUGUGGGAUGGUUUUACGGACUGUUUGUUAUCACCGCAUACCAUUUACUGUUAUCAUAGCUGUCAUUGCUUCCCAAACCAAAAUCCUUUAAUAAAUUCAUUUAACUUACGCACAGGUAGAGUGUAUAAGCCAUAGUUAAAGUAGACUGAUAACGACACCAACAACAUCACUACUAACUAGAAUAAAUACAAAAUAUAGCAACAACUAUUUAAGCAAAACAAAAAGUUUAAGAUAAAACCCGAAAACAAAUAUAAAAAGAGUGAAAGAAAACAGAAAAUAAAAUAUGUAUGUGUAAAAAUUGUGUUCGUUUAUAAUUCCACAUCUUCAGCAUUCAUUCGUAUUACUCGCAUAAUAUAAAUGUUGUUGGCACUGCCUUUGCUGCUGCCACUGCUGUCACUGCUGCUGCUACUUUUGUUUUCGUAGAUUUUGCGAUUUGUGUCACCGCCAUUCAUUUUGUAGCUUCCGGUUUGCAAAAGGAAAUUGCUAUAAGGGAAUUUUGCUCCUUUUUUUGUAUACAAAUAAAAUAAAUUGGCUACGAAAUAUUCAAAAAGAAACACACAUAUAAAUUCUAAUUUAUUUUUCACAUUAAACCCUAAGCCUCAAAACGAAAUCGCCUUAAUCAUACAGCGAGCUUACGUUAUUUUGCCUGCCUCAUCAUGAUAAAUUGCAGAAGAGAGUUAAUAAUUUAAACAAUAAAUUUUUUAUAAAACAUCAAUCAUACAUAUAAACGUGUGCGCCCCCUUUAACGCCAAAAUUAACCUCAGCUAAAUUUUUGUUAGCAUUUUGAAACGGUGAUUAUGAAUAAAAAACCACCCUUGCCAAUAACGGCAUUUAUUGGCGGUCCACAAACAAAUGCUGGCUCUCUAGCGGCAAAUAAUGCCAACAGUGCGACAAACUCAUCGAUGUGUUUCUCGACGCCGGCGAAAAGUGAAAAACAGCGUGAUCAUCACAAUCAGGCAAAUACGGGCAAUACAGGUCUGUGCGGCUGCCACAAGGCACCAAAAUCACAUUGCAUAUCGGCCACAGGAGUUUUAAUAUUAGUUCUUCUAUACACCGCCAUGGGUUCUAUAAUAUUUGUUACGCUUGAAGGAGAACUUGAUGACACUAGUUCUUUAGAGACGGCUGUAGCGGCUUCGAAACCAUAUCCCCGUAACGAGUUAGCCAAUGCGGAAAUAAGAUCGAGAACGGUUGAUCGUUUGUGGUCGAUUACUGAAGAUUUGAAUAUAUUAUACAAAGAGAAUUGGACACGUUUGGCUGCUCAGGAAGUGCAACAUUUUCAGGAUACUUUAUUACGUUCAGUGCGUCAAUCAAAAAUUCAUCAGCCUGGAGUUCAAAUGAAUCCGCCCACUCAUAAAUGGACUUAUGCUUCAGCAUUUUUAUAUUCACUGACUUUAAUAACUACGAUAGGUUACGGUGGCAUUUCACCAAGAACCCAAUGGGGCCGUAUAGCUGCUUUAAUUUAUGCUCUAUUUGGUAUACCCAUUGUUUUGCUUUAUCUUUCGGCCAUGGGAGAGGGUUUAUCAGCUGGUAUGCGCUGUUUAUUUCGCAAGGCUCGUUCGAAAAGCGCCAUUAGCAGUGGCAGCAGUAGUGGUGGUGGCGGUGGAGGUGUUAACGGUGGUGGCAAUUCAAAUUCAGCUGUCACAUCAGGAGGUGGCGGUGGUUCGAACAAGAAACAUGCGAACGACAUUAAAAGUCACAACAAUCCCAGUAAUAAACAUUAUGCCAGUGGCAAAAUGUUGGCCACACAUCAAUAUGGCUCAUUAAGUAAACAUCAGUAUCAGGCAACGGGUUCACCGAGUGUGCCCAUUUCCAUAUGUGUUAUGGUUUUGAUUUGCUACAUAACAUCAGGUGCAUUACUUUUUCACAAAAUGCAAAAUUGGACUGUUUUGGAGGCCUUGUACUUUUGCUUCACUUCUUUGGGUACCAUUGGCUUUGGAGAGCUUACGCCUGCCGGCAAUUUGACUUUAUAUUUGGCCUCGGCCUAUAUACUGAUAGGCAUGGCUGUGGUGGCCAUGUGUUUUAGUUUAAUACAAACUGAAUUGGUCAUGUGGCUGAGACGUUUUAGUGUACAGGAUCAUGUUAUGCCCCAGACCGAUGAUGUCUCACUGGUGUCGGUGUCAGUGACGCCCAAAUCCUCUUGACAACGACCUACAGCUGACCUGCUAGCAGGCAGCUUAGCUGGCAACAAUGCCAUGGGCCAGCAUCAAACCAUGUUCUUUGGACCAGCCCAUACCUUCUCCCAAUACAACUCAUUGCCCAGACGAGGCAUGAAUUCAAAUUUCCAGCGCAAUACCCCCAUAAGAAGAUCAACGGGUAUACCAGAACAUCAUAUUGAGUAUUUUGUGCCACGCAGCAUAAGUGAGUUUAAUCUGUCGGGCGUCGGUGAUUUGGCUCUUCCACCACCCCGAAGAUGUUCACCUACUAUACAAAAUACGGGCAUGCAACUGCCACAUGGCCUACAAUUGGGGCCGCCACAAACUUUACUAUGCGGUCCACCGCCACCACAACAGGUGCAAAUCAUAAUGAAACCCAGGGAGAAAAUGGUUACUUUUGAAGAUGAAUCAAAAGGCAUGAUACCACCACCCACCUCUAGCAGUGCGGCCACAACGGUGGGCUCCACCUGUCCCCAUGGAGUGCCGACAACACCACGCAAAUCAACGACGGGCAUUGGUGUGGGUGGUGGUGGAGAUGUUUUUAUGUGACGUGAAUCAUUAAGAUGACCCACACUUAGUGGUUUGUUAGGCGAUACCACUGGCGAUGAUGUCUUUACUCUCAGCGGUAGCACACAAAAUAAUGAAGAUCAUGAUGCGGCCGCCGGUUCUGGCAGUGAACGCACUUCUUUAGAUGGCAGCUUAAGUGAUCUAAAGACAAAAUCCACACCGGGUGAUGUGAUACGAGUGUAAAUUAAAUAGAAAUUUAAAUGCAAAACAACAACUUCCUUGAUAUUACAAAAACAAACAGAAAACCAACCAAACAAUUCUUAAAACUGAAAUUUAGUGUUAGUGUUAAAUAAAAUUUUACAAAAAAAAAAAAAAAAAGAAAAAAUAUUUGUAUGUAA